CGAUGUUACGCUCUAGCUACCGCAGCCGCCGCUCCAUGGUACUCGGGAGGACUGGCUCACUUUACGACGCUUGCUGCCGGAGUACGGCACUUUCUGGUUCCUUAUUCACUUCACAUUCAACAUGGCGUCGGGCAGCGGGACUAAAAACCUGGACUUCCGUCGGAAGUGGGAUAAAGAUGAAUAUGAGAAACUUGCAGAAAAACGGCUCACGGAAGAGAGAGAGAAGAAAGAUGGCAAACCAGUUCAGCCUGUCAAGAGGGAACUUCUGCGGCACCGAGACUAUAAAGUGGAUCUGGAAUCCAAGCUGGGGAAAACCAUUGUCAUCACCAAAACUACCCCUCAGUCAGAGAUGGGAGGAUAUUACUGUAAUGUAUGUGACUGUGUGGUGAAAGACUCCAUCAACUUCUUGGAUCAUAUCAAUGGCAAAAAGCAUCAGAGGAAUCUGGGCAUGUCCAUGAGGGUGGAGCGCUCCACACUAGAUCAAGUGAAGAAACGCUUUGAAGUGAACAAGAAGAAAAUGGAGGAGAAGCAAAAGGAUUAUGACUUUGAGGAGAGGAUGAAGGAGCUCAGAGAAGAGGAGGAAAAGGCCAAAGCCUAUAAGAAGGAAAAACAGAGAGAGAAGAAGAGGAGGGCAGAGGAAGACUUGACAUUUGAAGAGGAUGAUGAAAUGGCAGCUGUGAUGGGUUUCUCUGGCUUUGGCUCUACCAAGAAGACUCACUGAUCAGCUCUGGACUUCCCCUUUCUUUAUAAAGAUUGUUUAUACCCCCAGGACUCUGGAAAACUCUUCAAAGACUUGACGGAGAAUUUAUAUGUAAUUCUCGCAGUAGACGUUGGCUGGAGGAGUUGGGAAGCAAUUUCACGUUCAACCUGUGCUGCAGAACAAGCUCUGUCCCCUGUCUUUAGUGCCCCACUGCCUGCAGAGAUACCAUAACCUUAGCCUAGCUGGCAAACCUCUAAAUUCCAAAUACAGACCUUUCAAUUAGUGUCUUCUCCACAAACUCCCCCUGUCCUAUUCUGCAGUAAAUUCUGUGGAGUUCUCCUGGUUUCUGUCUUUGAUUCUUUUCAUCUUUUGUGAGGAGUCUGCAAGCUGAAUGUUUCUUUUGGAAACCCCAUUGGCCUUUAGCCACCUCAUUCUUUGUACUAGUCCUGGCUGCUUGUCACUUCGUGUUCUGUGGCCUUGUGUGUGUUCGGGGAAACAUUCUGUUGGGUACCUUUUAGUGUUAAACUAAUAAAAUUCUGUACAGAUGGUAUGGUUCAGGAAUUGCUCGUCCAUCUGAGAAAUGGGUAUACUUUUUGUUUGCUUAAAAUACAGAUAAUUCUUUAAUUUUUUUAGAAUGUGUAACUAAAGGAAUUACACUGUAAUGAGUGAUUAAAUAUGGAUUGUAUACGUUGAAUUUUUAUUUCUUUUGUUGAGAAGAGCUUGAGGCUUUUUGGACACUGAGUUUGCUGAAACUUCUUUUUAUAUUUUAUUUUCACUGUUUUCCUUGUGUUCAGUGGUGUAAUCAGAAUUUCUUUAGCUUAGGUAAGGAUUACCUUUCUGGGACUUACCUAGGAUAGAGCUAAAGGGAAAACAGCAGAGAAAUAUGUGGAAUUUGCCUAAAAUAUUUUUUUUUUUGUUGGAAACUAUCAGAUUGUUUUGUAGGGAAUCUUGUUUUUAUUCUUUUUAAGUUAGGACUUGAAAACAGAACAGAUAAUGGCUUUCAAAGUGCGUGUGUGUUUGAUAUGUGGAUUUUCUUUUCUGUGUGUGUGGGGAGGGCGGGGGGGGAAUAUUUGGGUCUCCUAUGCAUGUUGGUAGGAAAUCCCAGAUUGGAAUUUCUUGCCUCGGCUAUAAUUAAUGGACUCUAGUAUUUAAUGGCCGUUGUAGUAUGUCCCUAAAUAUUUCUGAUCUUCUUUGGAGCUUUUUCUUUCCCAUCUUGCAUCUGGUUGGGGACCUGCUUUCUGAGCAACUUCUGAUCUCCUAUUCCCCAAAUCCUUUUCAUUGCUCCUUUUAUUUACUUCAGUCCAACCCUCUGUGACUCAGCUGCUUUUUCGGGUUAGGAGGAUUUACAUCUCGUGUCGCUGAUUUUCAUAGUGCCAUCCUUUUUAUAUUGAUGGGAUCAUUGUUCUUUCCACUCUCUCUGUACCUUUGUGAAAUCUCAGACUCAAGGAAGGGCUGCAGUGUAUUUAGCCUUCUCUUUCUAAUACACACAGAAUAAAUCCUGUAAUGCUUU